AUGGGUUGUGUUGUGCGUGCUGUUGGUCUUUCGACCAUGCGUGGUAGGAGAUGGCCGCCGCCGGGCCUUUCAAGAUGUGGCUACUCAUUUGGUAUUGGGAUGUGCGACACUCGCGGCGGACCGGACGGCCUACUCCACUUUGAUCAUGGAGCCAACGCAGGCAUUGGUCUGGAGACGGCGAAAGACUUGGCGCGGAGAGGAGCUCGAGUCCUGAUGGCCUGCAGGGACCCCCAGCGCGGACAGAAGGCCCUUGAGGUGGUGCGCGCCGCAGCGCGGGGCGACGCGACGGUGGAGCUGCUGUCGCUGGACCUGGCGUCGCUGGACUCUGUGAGGGACGUGCGCCCGCACAGAUCCAGGCUUCGGAGCCCCGCCUCGACAUUCUCAAAUCCCACAACGCGGUCAAAUCACUUCGGGCCGUUCCUGUUCACUCUUCUGCUGGUGGACUUACUGAAGAAGUCUGCCCCCGCACGAAUUGUGUUCGUGUCUUCUGGGGCACACGAGAUAGGAAAACUCACGCCGGAGCGAUUGGAGUAUUCUACUGCCAAGGAUUUCGGCGACAUGCAGAUCUAUUCAAUGACCAAACUGGGAAACGUGCUAGUUUCCAACGAGCUCGCCAGACGACUGAAGGGCACAGGCGUUACAGUGAACAGUCUUCACCCUGGCGUCGUAUUGACUGACAUCUAUCGCUUCAUUCCUUGGUGGAUACGUGAGCCCGUCAAAGUACUACUUCUUCUCUUCUUCAAGAUGCUGCGGAAGGCGCCGCUCAUGAACACGAUCCACUUUGGGUCGUGUCAGAGGAAUUGGGAAGGGGUGACAGGUCGCUACUUUUCGGACUGCAAGGAGGCGCGGAUGUCGGAGGCUGCGAGCAACGUGGGGUUGGCGCGCACCAUCUGGGAGAAGAGCGAGCAGCUGGUGAAGCUCAGAGACAACGAGAGACCCUCUUUCAGCUGAAUGAACAUCUGGCAGAACUGUUGGAGGGAACGGGUAGCGCAUCAAUUCAGUUUUAGUGUUCUGAAAGAGGAAAGACUGAUUUAAUUAAAAUAAAUAUGUAUUUGCGCACUUUUUUAAAAUAUGUGCAAUGUUGAUACAAAUAAACUCUAUGCUGUUGUUGUUUAUCAUAACUAAGUUAUUUUAUACAGUCUAACAUUGAAAUCUAUUCAUAUUCCUUUUGCGUUGCGUUAUUUUAAAUGGUUUUCAAGUUCUUGGAUUUCCCGAAAUUCUAUUUGCCAAUUUAAUAUACUGUCAACCUAGGCGACAUGAUCCAUGUCAUUUUCUGAAGAAAAGUGAGGCAAUAAAUUAUAUACUUUUCUAAAUUUCAUUUCUCAUAAAUUCACAAUUUACGAAAAAAAGAAACUUAAUUUUUGUCUUAUUGAAAUCGAAAUAAAUAUUUAUUUCUAUCUCGAAGUUACUGGGUGUAAUGACGUGAAUCAAUGUAGCAAAUAGAGGAUAUAUUAUCUGUAACUGUCCAUUGUUUAGAAGUAUUAAUAAAAUGAAGUUUCCUCUAUAUGAUCCAUGAUGCAUUGUAUUACCUAUGAGCUCAGAUAUUGAUUAAUAAAUCAGUGAAUACUACGGCAUAAAACGGAAAGAAAAUGUUUGAGACAAAUAAAG